AAACAAUAUUGGAUGUGGCUUCAAUUUAAAAGUUAUAAUAAUUUAUCGUGUGAUUGAACAAUAAAUUUAAAAUGUCUGGGAAAAUUCCGCACCGAGAUGUAGGACCCGCUAUUCAAUUACUCAGACGAAUAAUUCGAGGAAGAAAAUUCAUUCCUCAUUUGAGAUUUGCUGAUGAACUGGCAUCAAGAACUCAGCCACCACCGAACAUUCCUGGUGGUCCAUUUCACAAAACCUCCAAAGUUUAUUAUUACACAAGAGAUGCCAGACGUUUAGUCGAACCACCAGAAGUUUUAACUACUGGAAAAUUGAUUGCUUCUGGAUCGAGCGUAGCAACUCAAGAACUAAAACCUGUCACUCCAAAUAAAGUCUACGACCCUCCACUAGCUGAUCCUCCUAAAACAGAAUUUGUGGGUCCGUUCGACGACAAAUUAUGAGUCAAGUAAAAAAAAACUAAUUAUAGAAUGUAAUUAUUUAAAUGUAGAUAAUAAAAAUUAAAUAAUUAAUAUUCUUAUAUUUAAAAUAA